AUGAGGUCCUGGCUCAAAGAUGCGGUGGAGCAGCGGGUGCAAAGCGUGGAGGAUCGCGUCCAGUAUUUUCGGGAGAACUUCACCCACACGAAGGACCGCUCUCAGAGUCGACCUUCCACCGGGAGGUCACGUGGCAUGUCGGCCGGGUGCGCCCCAGACUGCUGCAGCUGA